AUGUCUUCUGAAGCUGCAGCUGCCGCGUGGGUCCCCCCUCCUGAAGGGUCGCCAUGUUGGAUUGAAAUUCCUGCUCGCGACAUCGAGAAGCUCAAGACCUUCUACAGUAACGUCUUCCCCAAUUGGACUUGGAAGCCAAAUAUUUCCGGCCCAGGACACGAGGUCGCAAUGUUCCGAUUCAAGGACCCCGAAGGUCUUGGAGGCGGCCUUGUCAAAAUGCCCGAUGGUUGUGGCCCCAACACGCAGGAGCUGGGAUCGGGCGUCACGAUCUACCACAUGGUCGAGUCGCUGGAAAAGACCGAAGCCCGCAUCCAUGAACUGGGCGGGAAGACGGUGCUGCCAAAGACGGCGGAGGGUGAUCACGGCGUCUACAUCAACGUGACAGAUCCCGAGGGAAAUAGAUUUGGUAUCUACCAGAUGGUUCAGAACUGUGGCUCUUAG